AUGGCUUCAAGCAAUUCUAAGCAGCGCUGUGUUUUUGUUGGGAACAUACCGUAUGAUACAACGGAAGAACAACUUGUGCAAAUCUGUCAAGAGGUUGGUCCUGUUGUCUCUUUCAGAUUAGUUACUGACAGAGAAACCGGGAGACCCAAAGGGUUUGGUUUCUGCGAGUAUAAAGAUGAAGAGACUGCCUUAAGUGCUCGUCGGAAUCUUCAAGGGUAUGAAAUUAAUGGUCGCCAGUUACGAGUUGAUUUUGCUGAAAGUGAUAAAAGUGCUGCUGACAGAAACCGCUCUACGCCAAGUGUUGUUGAUUCUAAAAAAUCAAUAGGUGGUCCUGGUGUCGUUGAGGAUUCAGGUCUUGAUCGGCCGAUUGGGAUCUCGUUAGCUUCUACAGCUGCAUCUGUCAUGGCAGGAGCACUGGGUAGUUUUCAGAAUGGUGCCAUGUCCCAAUCCGGUUCGGGAAGCGAUCAAUUGACGAAUUAUCUAGCUAAUAUGUCAAGAAACAAGAUGUUUGAUAUUAUGUCUGAAUUCAAAGUAAUGGCUACCCAAAACAAAGAGUUAGCACGGCAGCUAUUGUUAUCGAAUCCGCAGCUCCCAAAAGCUCUAUUUCAGGCACAGAUAGUGCUUGGAAUGGUGACUCCACAAGUGUUGCAGAUGCCAAAUAUCCGUCAAUCACCUGGUUCAAUCUUGCAGCCGCUUCCACUACAAGCAGGCCAUUUACCUUCCGUACCUCAGAAUGUCCUUGUUAACAAUCAGCCUUCUUCUGGGACGUUUCCUCAGCUGUCUAUGCAACCUCGGCUUCCACAUCCACAACAACCACAACCAAAUCAACAUCUGCCACAAACAGGAAUGUCAAUGCAGCCUGGAGCUUUAACUGUUCCUUCCAUGAGGCCGUUUUCUGGUUUUCCUACAAGGCCACCCAGCCAGGUUCUGGAAAUUUCUCCCGCAUUAAAUCAGCAAUAUCAACAGCCUCCUCUGCAUCUGCCUCGCCCUCCGUUUUCACAACAAAAUUUUCAGCCUAGCUCAUCAAAUUCAAUUAUGCGACCUAGUGUGCAUGAAUCAGUGAACAAAUUUGCUGAAAGAUCAACUCAAGUUACGGAUGAUGCCAGAAACAGCACGUAUCCAAGCACGUCUUCCGUACUACUGGAGCAAAAGCGUAGGAUGGGUGAUGCUUCUGAUAGUAUUAAUCGUCCAUCAAAGCUGGCAAGGUUAGACGAUGGGAUGCAGUAUCCAGAAAAGCAAGCUCCUCAGCAGGCACCUGAUAAUGAGUCAGCUCUACUUGAACAAGUGAUGAACCUGACGCCAGAGCAGUUGAGUUCCUUGACCUUGGAGCAGAGGCAACAAGUGAUUGAGCUCCAGAAAAUGCUCGGGAAUAGGUGA